GAGCCCCUCGUUCUUACAUAUAUAUUACCCACUUAGAAGCACAUUUUCAACUUCGCGCUCCUUGAGAUAUAUAAGAGAGCUGUCGAAUAUCUAUCUUAUCAAAUAUAAGUAUCGAGAUACAACUGAGUCUUAUUAGAAUCGCGAUAUUUUAGAAUGGCUACCCAAGCCAAUGGUGCGCCGGGCCCAACCCGCAUUUCCAUUCUUGGGUCCGACUCGAUUAUUGUCGACCAUGGGAUUUGGCGGAAUUUUGUCCCCGACGAUCUCCUCGAGAAUCUGAACUCUUCUACGUAUAUCCUUAUCACUGAUACGAAUCUCCACGAUCGCUAUGUUCCUCCUUUCGUAACUAUCUUUGACGAGGCCAUUAAGAGCCGAAAUCUACAAACCCGGCUUCUUACUUACACCAUCCCUCCUGGCGAGACUUCUAAAAGUCGCGAGACAAAGGCCGAGAUAGAGGACUGGAUGUUAGCCCAACAAUGCACGAGGGACACGGUCAUCAUUGCCCUGGGCGGCGGUGUUAUUGGUGAUAUGAUCGGUUAUGUCGCUGCUACCUUCAUGCGUGGCGUCCGUUUCGUUCAGGUCCCUACCACCCUGCUUUCCAUGGUCGACUCGUCUAUCGGCGGCAAAACUGCCAUCGACACUCCUAUGGGAAAGAACCUUGUCGGGGCCUUCUGGCAGCCCAAGCGCAUUUACAUAGACUUAGCUUUCCUCGAAACCCUUCCCGUUCGCGAAUUUAUCAACGGUAUGGCCGAAGUGAUCAAGACGGCUGCUAUAUGGGAUGAGUCUGAGUUCACGGCUCUAGAAGAAAAUGCCGCUUCGAUUUUGAGCGCUAUUCGGUCCAAGACCCCUGAUCCCAACGAUAGAUUACUACCGAUCCGUGCCAUACUAAAGCGUAUCGUCCUUGCUUCCGCGCGUGUCAAAGCUGAGGUCGUCUCUAAAGAUGAAAAGGAGGGCGGUCUACGGAACCUUCUCAACUUCGGUCAUUCCAUUGGUCACGCUUUCGAAGCCAUUCUCACUCCUCAAGUUCUACAUGGCGAAGCCGUAGCGAUUGGGAUGGUUAAGGAGGCCGAGCUAGCUCGUUAUCUUGGCGUCUUGCGACCUGGUGCUGUGGCUCGACUAGUUAAGUGUAUCGCAAGCUAUGACUUGCCGACGUCUCUCCAGGACAAGCGUAUUGUGAAGUUGACAGCCGGAAAGAAGUGCCCAGUCGACGUGGUGCUUCAGAAAAUGGCGGUAGACAAGAAGAACGAAGGCAAGAAAAAGAAGAUUGUACUGCUUUCUGCCGUGGGCCAGACGUAUGAACCCAAGGCGAGUGUAGUCGAUGAUAGUGCCAUCAGAGUUGUCCUUUCCCCUGCCACACGUGUGAAACCGGGCGUGCCCAAGGAACUUAACGUGCAGGUAACUCCUCCUGGGUCCAAAAGUAUCUCCAACCGGGCUCUUGUUCUUGCUGCGCUUGGCCAAGGAACAUGCCGUGUCAAGAACCUCCUUCAUUCCGAUGAUACCGAAUAUAUGUUGUCAGCGAUCGCCAAACUCAAUGGUGCCUCAUACACCUGGGAGGAGGCUGGCGAAGUCCUCGUAGUUUCGGGAAAAGGUGGCAAGCUCGAAGCAAGCUCAGAACCUCUUUACAUCGGAAAUGCCGGCACCGCUUCUCGUUUCCUGACGACCGUAGUUGCUUUGUGCUCAUCUUCCAGCGCGACAUCGACAGUUUUAACUGGUAAUGCCAGGAUGAAAACCCGACCUAUCGGCCCGCUUGUGGAUGCCUUGCGAUCGAAUGGCAUUAACAUCAACUACCUUGAGAAGGAACUAAGUCUACCCGUGCAAGUCGACGCAGCCGGUGGCCUCGAUGGAGGAGUCAUUGAUUUGGCUGCUACGAUUUCAUCGCAGUACGUCUCAUCUCUCUUGAUGUGUGCUCCGUACGCCAAGAAGCCCGUGACUCUUCGUUUAGUAGGUGGCAAGCCAAUUUCGCAACUUUAUAUCGACAUGACUAUUGCCAUGAUGGAGGCAUUCGGCAUUUCUGUCACAAAAUCCCCGGAUGAACCAUACACUUACCACAUUCCUCAAGGAGUGUACAAAAAUCCCGAAGAGUAUGUUGUUGAGAGCGAUGCUAGCUCGGCAACUUACCCUCUUGCGGUUGCUGCUAUAACGGGUACCACUUGCACUAUUCCUAAUAUUGGCGCAAGUUCCCUUCAGGGGGAUGCUCGUUUCGCUACCGACGUGUUGCGCCCGAUGGGAUGCACUGUGGAGCAAACCGCUACGUCGACAACAGUUACCGGCCCAAGCCCAGGCGGAUUAAAGGGCAUCGACGUCGACAUGGAGCCCAUGACCGAUGCGUUCCUGACAGCGUCUGUUCUUGCUGCUGUAGCAUCAGGAGAGACUAAAAUCACUGGGAUUGCUAACCAGCGUGUUAAGGAGUGCAAUCGCAUUGCAGCAAUGAGGGAACAACUUGCAAAGUUUGGCGUACAUUGUAGGGAACUUGAAGACGGUAUUGUUGUCGCAGGCAAGAAGUUCACCGAGCUGGCGGAGCCAAGCGAAGGCAUUUAUUGCUAUGAUGACCACCGCGUGGCGAUGAGCUUCAGUGUUAUAUCCGUCAUAGCACCAGGUCCUGUUCUCAUCCUGGAACGUGAAUGUACUGGCAAAACAUGGCCUGGAUGGUGGGACGUGUUAGCUCAGUCGUUCAAGGUCAGCCUAACAGGUGAUGAUGUUGUCCCCCACUCUCAAGAGAAGGCAAAGCAGUCUAAAACAGGAUCCUCUAUCAUCAUCGUUGGCAUGCGAGGAGCUGGAAAGACUACAACAGGUCACUGGAUGGCUAAGAUUCUCGGAUACCCGUUUGUCGACCUCGAUCAAGAAUUAGAACGAAGAUCUGGUAUGACGAUUCCUCAAAUUAUACAGGAGAGUGGUCGAGGCUGGGAAGGCUUCAGGAGCGAUGAGCUUGAGCUUCUAAGGGAUGUCAUUAAAAAUCAAAGCCAAGGUCAUGUAUUCUCUUGUGGCGGUGGUGUCGUCGAGACACCCGAAGCUCGGGAGUUGCUCGUUUCUUACCAUCGCAGUGGCGGUGUGGUACUCAAUGUCGAACGCGACUCCGAGCAAAUAAUAGAAUAUCUAACACGGGAUAAAACCCGUCCUGCUUACACGGAAGACAUAAGAGGCGUAUACGAACGGCGCAAACCUCUUUUCCAGGAAUGCAGCAAUUACGAAUACCACAGCCCCUACCUCGAGCCACCUAAGAGUGCCAGUGAUCCUCCUGCUGACUUCACUCGAUUCGUCUCGGCCAUCACUGGGAAAGGGACGCAUUUCGAAAACGCGAAGAAGAAACGCCAAUCCUUCUUUGUCUCGCUCACCGUGCCUAGCGUUUCGUCGGCGUUGGAGGUGAUUCCGCGUGUUGUGGUUGGCGCAGACGCGGUUGAACUACGAGUCGAUUUGCUGGAUGACAUUUCCCCAGAGUCAGUGGGAAAGCAGAUUUCGCAGCUGCGUUCCACCGCAAAAAUACCCAUCAUAUUUACCCUUAGGUCCGCGUCUCAGGGUGGUCGAUUCAAGUACGCGUCAGAAAAGGAAUUGCUUCCUCUAUAUCGGAAGGCCAUUCGCGCAGGUGUCGAGUAUAUAGAUCUCGAAAUGACGCUUUCAGACGAAACUUUGGACACCAUCAUCCAGUCACGAAGCAGCUCUACACGCGUCAUUGCGUCGCAUCAUGACCCAGAAGGCAAGUUGUCUUGGAAGAACGGUGGCUGGCAAACGUGGUACAACCGAGCCUUGCAAUACGGCGAUAUUAUCAAGUUGGUAGGAGUUGCGAAGAAGAUGGACGAUAACUUUUCACUGGCUACUUUCAAAGAGAGAAUGUUUGCUGCGCACGGAAAGCCUAUAAUAGCUCUCAACAUGGGCACCAUCGGAAAGCUCUCUCGAGUGCUGAAUGGCUUUCUAACGCCUGUCUCACAUCCCGACUUACCAUUCAAAGCAGCUCCCGGCCAAUUGUCAGCAGCCGAGAUCCGCAACGGACUAGCCUUGAUUGGAGAGCUCGAAGCCAAGCAAUUUUACUUAUUCGGGAAACCUAUCUCAGCAUCUAGGUCACCAGCCUUGCACAACACCCUGUUCCGCCAAACGGGAUUGCCUCACCAGUACUCCCUGUUUGAAACCGACUCUGCGACAGAUCUGGUAAAAUUGAUUCAAUCGCCUGAAUUCGGAGGCGCGUCGGUCACGAUCCCGCUCAAGCUUGACGUGAUGGCGCUACUUGACGAUGUCUCAGAAUCAGCUAGAGCCAUUGGUGCCGUCAACACGAUCAUACCAGUGUCCCAGCCAGACGGUUCGAAACGUCUGUUGGGUGAGAAUACCGACUGGAGGGGCAUGGUGUAUUCAUUGCGCCGAGCGGGACUGGUACCACCGACUGACGGGACGACAAACGGUGCAAUGGUGAUAGGUUCGGGUGGUACUAGUAGGGCAGCCAUCUACGCGCUCCACUCCCUUGGUUACAGCCCUGUCUAUAUCGUGGCACGGAACCCUAAAGCCGCCGUCUCUCUUCGUUCAGAUUUCCCCGGCGACUUCAAGAUAGAGCAAGUAAGCGAAGCUAGUCAUGUCCAGCAUCAGCCGAACGUCAUCAUCAGUACGGUGCCCGCCGACAAGCCGAUCGAGACGUCGAUGGUAGGGCUGCUCGGGUCGGUGUUACAACAGCCCAGGCAUAAUGAAGGGCUCAGGGUCCUAUUAGAGAUGGCUUACAAGCCCCGACGUACGCCAUUAAUGGAGCUAGCCGAGAACUCAGGCUGGACUACCAUUCCAGGACUGGAGGUGCUUGCGUCACAGGGCUAUUAUCAGUUCCAACUUUGGACUGAAAUAGUACCUCUGUUCUCCGACGUACGCACGGCUGUGCUUAGCGAAUGAAUGGCAUCAUGGCGUUGACGGUUCACUAAAAGGUCUCGUGAUAUUUGUAGCCAUAUUAUCAAAAUAAACCACCAAAUACUACCUAACUAUUAUCCAAGUACUACUGAUUCAUUACGUUGACGAUAUAAGGCUCUGGUUCAAUGUUGAUCCUGUACUA